UACCCAUCAACGAAUAAAGAAUAUAAUUCAUUACAAAAAAAAAAAUAAUAAUAAUAAUAAAAAAAGAAUAUAAUUGAUUAAUAAAAAUCUAAAUAUUAAAGCCACUUGCAAACACAUAAUCGGUUGGUCCAACCCAAAAUGUUCUGAAGCUUUAGGAUUAGCUAGAUUAUACCUUGAGGCCCUUUUGAAGGGUUGGUGAAUUUUCCUCCCGCCUUUUGGACUGGUAGGUUUCUCUUUCAGUCUCCCGUCAGACACCCAUGCCAGCAUUUACACAACUUCAUAGCUGAUCAACCAUGGCUGCCAAAGAGAAAAGCCAUGCCCUAUCACUCAUACAAGCCCUCAAAAAAGCUUCAAAAGAUCUCCAGAACAACCCAAUUUUCAUACUGUGCAGAAACCAGACUGACCUAAAAGCCGCCAUUGAAGCUCUUCUCGAGCUUUCAACCAAAGCAAACCCCAUUCUUUCGGCAGACCCAUGUCUCUCUAACAUCUCUCAUUCACUCAACAAUCUCAGGGAAUUACUCCGAGACCUCGAAGAAUUUCAGGGCUAUGGAGUUCGUUCCCUCUUCUAUCGCCAAAUUACGAAAUACAAGAUUUCCCAAAUUGGGUACGAAAUCGAAACCCAUCUCCGAGCCUACAUAGAUCGCGAAGCGAUCUUUGAUCUCGUGCAAACUUUGAGAGAAGAACCGGGGGACGAGGAUGAGAAAAUCACGGCCUUGAUCGAGUUCGAGAAUCGGCUAUCGCAGGGUUUCGAUAGGGAUUACCAGGAGCUGAUUAUGAAAGCAGGGAUCUUCUCCAUUCUCGAAUCGAUGCUCUGCUUUUCGAACUGUUCGAACAGAGUCAAAGACGAAGCCGCUCUUGCCGUUCUCGCUCUGAUCGAAUUCAACAAAGAUGUUUUCGUUGGAAUGGUGUUUAUGGGUUUUACAAUUCCAUCUUUGAUAUCAAUGGGUUCUUCUACUUCGAUUCGAAUUCUUUCUUCGCUGAUCGCCAGGAUCAGAACCCCUCUGAUCGAUGAACUACAACAUAGAAAACAAAUCCCAAGAAUUAUCAACCUCUUGAGCUCGGAAAAUCGGUCGGUUUUGAUGGCGGCGAUGAAUUGCUUGUUCGAGAUUGCGUUUUACGGUUCGAAAGAAGUUAUCGGAGCAAUGCUUGAGGAAGAGCUGGUUCGGAAGCUCUUGGAGUUACAGAGAUUGAAAAUUGGAUCGGAUUUGGAAAACGAAGAUUUUGCAUUUGAGGACUGCGUGAAGAGGUUUGCUUUGCAAAUAGAAAUGGGAGAGGGGGUUGAAAAUAAAAAAGAAAAGGACGAAUUUAAAUUGGAAAUUUUGGAGACUGUUAGGAAAGCCUCUGUUUCUGAUGCAGAAGCCGCGAGCAUUGUUCAUGAUAUACUCUGGGGUCCUUCACCUUGAAAAUCGAUCAAAAUUCAAAACCAAAGCUCUCUCUCUUUCCGUUUUUUCUUAUUCUUUUAUUUUUUAAUAAACAUAUUUGGAGAAUUAUUACAACCUAUUUAAUUCAGUUAGUUUAUUUUAUUAUUAUUAUUAUUAUUA